GGCGUGGGGGGUUGGUGGCUGCUAGGCGGGCGGGGCGCAGGCCGCGGGGCCCGAGCCGGGGGGAGCGAGCGAGCGGAGGCGCCGAGGAUCCGAUUCACUCGCUGGGGAGACCUAUGGGCCGAAGCCGUGUAAAUGCGUUUUAAGGCGAGUGCGGGGAGUGGCUCCGGGAGCCUCGGGGAGCGGGCGCCCCGGGCGCCAAUGCUGACCGGCCCCCGGCCCCUCUUGCCUCCUCAUAGCAGGGGCCUCGGCUCCGCAACUGCCACUCCUCCUCGGGGUGUUGCACAAGUUUCGAGGUCACCGGCGACCCCCCCUAGCAGCACGCCUGUCUCUGGCCCCCGCGAAGGAGGACGGGGCUUGUGUGUUGCAUACUUUCUAAGGCGGCAGCGGCGGUGGCAGCGGCAGCAGCAGCAGCAGCAGCAGCAGCAGCUGCGGCUCCAUCCAGCCCAUCGGCUCCUCCUCCUCGGCAUGGCUGGCUACCUGAGUGAAACGGACUUCGUGAUGGUGGAGGAGGGCUUCAGCACUCGAGACCUGCUGGAGGAGCUCACUCUGGGGGCCUCACAGGCCACCACGGACGAGGUCGCUGCCUUCUUCGUGGCCGACCUGGGUGCCGUAGUGAGGAAGCACUUCUGCUUUCUGAAGUGCCUGCCACGAGUCCGGCCUUUUUAUGCUGUCAAGUGCAACAGCAGCCUGGGCGUGCUGAAGGUCCUUGCCGAGCUGGGGCUGGGCUUCAGCUGUGCCAACAAGGCAGAGAUGGAGUUGGUCCAGCGUAUUGGCGUCCCUGCCAGUAAGAUCAUCUAUGCCAACCCCUGUAAGCAAAUUGCACACAUCAAGUAUGCUGCCAAGCACGGGGUCCGGCUGCUGAGCUUUGACAACGAGAUAGAGCUGGCAAAGGUGGUAAAGAGCCACCCCAGUGCCAGGAUGGUUCUGUGCAUCGCCACCGAUGACUCCCACUCCCUGAGCCGUCUGAGCUUCAAGUUUGGAGCGUCUCUGAAAUCCUGCAGACACCUGCUUGAAAACGCCAAGAAGAGCCACGUGGAGGUGGUGGGUGUGAGUUUUCACAUUGGCAGUGACUGUCCUGACCCUCAGGCCUAUGCUCAGUCCAUCGCAGACGCCCGGCUUGUGUUUGAAAUAGGCGCCGAGCUGGGCCACAGGAUGCACAUCCUGGACCUUGGGGGCGGCUUCCCUGGAGUGGAGGGGACCAAAGUGAGAUUCGAAGAGAUCACUUCUGUGAUCAACUCAGCCUUGGACCUGUACUUCCCGGAGGACUGUGGCGUGGACAUCCUUGCCAAGCUGGGGCGCUACUACGUGACCUCGGCCUUCACCUUGGCCAUCAGCAUCAUCGCCAAGAAGGAGGUUCUUCUGGACCAGCCUAGCAGGGAGGAGGAAAACAGUUCCGCCCCCAAGACCAUCGUGUACCACCUCCACGAGGGCGUGUACGGAAUCUUCAACUCGGUCCUGUUUGACAACACCUGCCCGACCCCCAUCCUGCAGAAGAAACCAUCCACGGAGCAGCCCCUGUACAGCAGCAGCCUGUGGGGCCCGGCGGUCGAUGGCUGUGACUGUGUGGCUGAGGGCCUGUGGCUGCCGCAACUACACGUAGGGGACUGGCUGGUCUUUGAACACAUGGGCGCCUACACCGUGGGCAUGGGUUCCCGCCUCGGGGAGACCCAGACCUGCCACGUCACCUAUGCCAUGUCCCGUUUGGCCUGGGAAGCACUUCGAGGGCAGCUGCUGCCUGCAGAACAGGACGAGGACACCGAGGGUGUGUGCAAGCCUCUGUCCUGUGGCUGGGAGAUCACAGACACCUUGUGCGUGGGCCCUGUCUUCACCCCGGCGAGCAUCAUGUGAGCGGGCCCGUUCUCCCCCCGAGAACCCCAGCGGGGCCGCAGAGAUGCCUCUGGGAGAGGUGGGGAAGGCAGCGAGCAGGGGCACCCUCUGGCCAGGACUCUGGUGCCUGCUCUGCUGCCCCCCACACUCCACCUGUAGUGUUUCUGCCCUGUAAAUAGGACCAGUCUUACCUCGCUGUAGUUCAAGUAUGCAACAUAAAUCCUGUCCCUUCCAGCUGUGUCUGCCUCCUCUGCAGCGCAAAGGGCCUGGUCAGCCAGGUAUGGGGGUGUCCUUGGGGUCUCCCUUGGUCUCCUUCUCACCUUUGUAAAUAUGAAGCAAAUAAACAUUUAGGUUUUUUAAUACUA